UUGGAAUUAUUCCGUGAUCGGACCUCCUCGUAGCAACAAUGAAGAUCCAGAAAUCUUUGGCAAUUCUUUUUCUAUACAUUUAUUCAUCUGUUUCUUCACCGAUUCCAGAAAUUCCAUCAUUUUUAAAAGUAUGCCAUCGAAACGAUCCACAGCUCAGCGACUGCAUCAAGGAAAGCAUCAACUUGUUAAAACCGUACUUGAAAAAUGGAAUUAAAGAACUUCAAGUUCCACCGUGUGAACCUCUUCAUAUAAAAAAUAUCGACAUCGAUCAAAGCUCUGGACCUAUUUACGUUCAUGCGAAAUAUAAAAAUAUAUCCAUCUUUGGAGGAACUAAUACCGUACCGAAAAGCAUCAAACUGGACUUCGAUAAAAACCGAAUGAGACUGAAGUUGUACAUUCCAAGGCUCGAGAUGAUUACUAAUUACAAUCUUGACGGCAAGAUAAUGAUGCUACCGAUCGCAGGAAAUGGUGUUGGACACGGAAAUUUCACAGACAUCGAUGCAAUUAUCACCUUGCAGAUGGAACGAUACAGAAAUCAGGAUACACAAUUGAUUCAUCAAAAAGUAGACGACAUUUACGUGGAUUUUGAAAUUGGUCGUGCAACUGUACACCUGGAGAAUUUAUUCGAUGGCGAUGCUACCAUGUCCAGUGCCAUGAAUUUGUUUUUAAAUGAUAAUUGGAGAACAGUCGUGGCGGAGAUCAAACCGCAACUCGAAGAGACCAUAGGCGAAUUGAUUAAGAAUUUUAUGAAUAAUAUUUUCUCCGUGUUCCCUGAGGAUUCCUUAUUACCACCGUGAUGGACUUUUGUUGUCUGAAGAAAAGGUGUAUGUUUUUGGGAAAAAUAAAAUUUUUAAUUAUA